CUGAGGAGCCGCCCUUAUUUUCCAGUCACGCACUCAAGCCUCGCAGACGUGUUGAAGCGACGAUGGCAUGAUGCAGAACUUGGAGGUUGAUAUAUUUCCAGCAUGGCACCACCAUGAUCCUUGGCAACCCCAUAAAGUCUUCAGCAUGGGCACUGUCGAAAACUUGCCUAGAACAACUAAAUCAUCCCCUGCUUAUUCUCGACCCAGCCCAUUGUCAUCCCGCCAUGCGAUCUCUAACACUCUUCAUGGUGCUCUCAGCACCGAAGUUCAUCUCCGCCAUCGCGACCUACGCCUUUGAUACGAUCUUAGUGGCCCAUGCAGAGCCGACGAUAUGCCCUACAGCUAUAAUUGGAGGCGAAUGGAUACCCGACAAUGAUUACAUCGUAUGUUGCUACAAGGGGGAAACACGCACUACGGCUCAAGGCCAAGGUGGCAAGACAGUGUACGCUUGCUGCCAGCAAGAUGCUACAUGCACGGGUGCUGCGUCCGUUAUGUCAGACUGGAGCGUAGUUAACGGUAUUUCACCCUCGCCUGGCAUGAGAGAGUCCGGCUCAGUGCGCGGCAGAUAAUCUUGAUUUGACUGAUCUGGCCACCCCGCCGACACCUGUCCAAGGACAAGCGGCCCAGACAACGACUCUGGCUACACCAGCUGCGAAUCCGGCAACCAUAACGACCCUGAACCUGGGCACUGUAAGCUCACCGGGCGCGACGCCGUAUACGACAGAGCCGAAC